CCACCUUCAAUCAGGCACUUUGGAUUGAGCGUAGUUAAUCCCAGACGAAUUUUCAGAGUGAGAAAAGAGGAGGGAAGAAAGCAUUCUGGAAAGGGAGCAGAUUUAGACAGUGAGUGAGCCAUGGCGUCGGCGACGUUCCUGGAGGUGCUCCUCGCCAUCUUCCUCCCGCCCGUCGGCGUCUUCCUGCGUUACGGCUGCGGCGUGGAGUUCUGGAUCGAUCUCGUGCUGACAAUACUCGGGUACAUACCGGGGAUCGUCUACGCGUUGUAUGUGCUGGUGGCUUAGGGAGUAUGGCGUUUGCAGAGACAGCCCUGGGCGAGAACAAGUGUGCAAGAGCAACCGAUGCUGUCGAAGAGUAAAUGUGUGGUUUGUUCAUGUGUGUGUGUGCCGGUAAUGUGGAUUUUCUGUGGCGAUUCGUAUGGUCUCAUCCUCUGGAAGGGAUGUGUGUGUGGAUGAUGUGGACUAUUAUGUCUUGUAAGGUUGUGUAAUUGGUUCUUUCAGACAUCUUUGCCGAGUCUAUUGGACUAUGUUGCAAUU